AUGGCUCAUUUAUACGUUAAUCAUCUUGCAGCUGCUGCCGCUUUUGGUUCACCGUUUUACGGUGGUGUUUGUGGACGAGAUCCGUUAACAUCAGCUGAAUCUUAUGCUCUUAUCAGCAGUUAUUUGCGUUUAUCACCAGAGAAAAAAGAACAACAUCAAAAACCACCAUAUUCAUAUAUUGCACUUAUAGCAAUGGCUAUUAAAAAUGCUCCUGAUCAUAAAAUUACUCUAAAUGGUAUUUAUAGUUUUAUUAUGGAACGUUUUCCAUAUUAUCACGAAAAUAAACAAGGAUGGCAAAAUAGUAUUAGACACAAUCUAAGUCUCAAUGAUUGUUUUAUUAAAGUACCAAGAGAGAAAGGUAAACCAGGAAAAGGAAAUUAUUGGACAUUAGAUGAUCGUUGCGACGAAAUGUUUGAAAAUGGUAAUUAUCGUCGACGAAAAAGACGACCCAAACAAGUUAUACAUUCACAAGUUUCAUCAUUAUCAAAUUCAACAGCUGGAUCAACGAUGAGAACUCCUGAUGGUAGUGGUAGUACAGAUAAUUAUUUAUUACGACAAAGUACAUCGGAUUUAGAUUCAUCAUCAGAAGAAGAUGAAAAUAGUCAAAUACCGUCUACUAGUAUUAUAUUCCAAAAUUCUUAUGAGCAAUUAAAUCGUAAUAAAAGUAAUUAUUCCUAUCUUAAAAUUGAGCAACCAAAUUUAGAUGAUUAUUAUACACGUAAUUCUAAUUUGAAACAUUCGGACGCUGAUAAAAAUGACGAUACUGAUCGACAAUCGAAAUGUUUAAAACGUACACGAUCUGUUAGUUUUAAUGAGAGUGCAUCAAAAAUUCAGAAAAAAACAUCAAAAUUCUCAAUUGAAACAUUAAUUGGAAAAGAUGAUAUGACAGAAAAGGAUUCUACAAUAAACAAUGAUGUUGUAACAAAAAUACCAAAAGCAUUAGAAAAUCUUCCUAUUCCUUCUAUGGAUAAAUCAUGUAGUUCAUCUUCAUCUUCAUCAUCAAUAUCACCAUCAUAUUCUAUUUCGCGUAAUUAUCCUUAUGGACUACCGUCGAUAAGAUCAUCAACAACAGCAUGUCACUAUAAUCCUUAUACAGCUGUAAUGGCUGCAGCUGCUGGAAACUAUUCAAUAUUGAAUGGACUUGCUUUAACAUCACCAACACUCUAUAAUGCAAUAACAACAGUGAACGAUGUUCUCUACGAUUCGAACUAUGCUAAAUUAUGA